AUGAACAAAUUCCAGGAAGAAGAAAAGGUGGAUGUAGCUGCUGUUUGCAUAGAGGGACUUGCUUUGAACUGGUAUCAAUGGGUUGACACCCGAGCACCGAUUCUAUCGUGGAGCUCCUUCAAGUUAGCGCUGGUGGAACGUUUCAGACAUUUGCACCAGGGGAUAGCUUACGAGGCUCUGGUAGCGUUGAAACAAUUGGGAACUGUGACUGAGUUCAGGGAACAAUUUGAGGCACUGUCGGCUCCCUUGCGUGAGGUAGGAGAAGUCCUCCUCAUGGGAAUUUUUACAAAUGGGCUAAAAGAGGAAUUACGGGCUGAAUUGAGAUUGUGCAGGCCCAAAACAUUAAUAGAAUUAAUUGAGCAGGCCUAUUGUAUUGAAGAAAGAAAUUGGGUUUUAGAAAAGAUCAAGCCCAAAUUUAAUAGAACCCACAUUGCCCAAACCCAUAAUCAGACCCAAAAACCAGAUUAUUUCCCAUGGGUGUCUUCAAAUCCAGAUCUGAACCACUCAAAUGGGUGGAACACUGCGACGAAAAACGUAGAACACUUGCAUGGGGUGAGAUCGCAAAAUCGAAGCUGGGAGAGAGGAGGAACCACACCAACCAAAAGUGAUGGGUUUCGAUGGUUAACGGAGGCCGACAUCCAGUAUAAACGUGAGAGAGGAUUGUGUUUUCGUUGUGAUGAGAAGUUUGGGCCCAACCAUCGGUGUAGGAACAAAUCUCUACAGGUUUUGUUGAUGUUGGAAGAAGAAGAAGAUACUGAGAGAGAAGAGGUAACGCUGGAAGCCGAUGAUGAACCAACCUCAGAAGACAAGACUCUAAAGCUUAGAGGUUUGUUGGGGACAGAGGAGGUAAUUGUGCUUGUUGACAGUGGGGCUUCCCAUAAUUUUAUUUCACAUGACUUGGUCCAUAGGUUGGGAUUGAGUGUGGAAAAGGGGAAGGCUUUCGAAGUCAUGGUUGGAAAUGGUGGAGCUGAUGUUGUGUUAGGAGUUGCGUGGCUGAGCACUCUAGGAGACGUGUGUGCUAACUGGAAAAACUUGACUAUGGCUUUUUCCAGAGAAGGAAGGAAGGUCACGUUAAGGGGAGAUCCUGAGUUAGUCAAAACCGUGGUAUCACUCAAAGCUAUGCUGAAGUCUGUACAGAACACAGGGGCUGGGUAUGUAGUUGAAUUCUGCUACAUUGAAAGCAAGAAUGUUAACGAAGCUGAACAGAUUGACCCUGAAGUCUCGGAAGAUGGGUCCAAACCCUCUAACAUCCGUCCUUACAAGUACCCUUAUGUCCAGAACAAUGAAAUUGAGAGAUUGGUUGGGGAAAUGUUGAUAGCAGGAAUAAUACAGCCUAGCACAAGUCCUUUUUCUAGCUCGAUCUUACUAGUGAAAAAGAAAGACGGGAGUUGGCACUUCUAUGUGGAUUACCGCGCCUUAAACAGCCUCACUAUACCAGAUAAGUUCCCUAUUCCCUCAAUCAAAGAAUUGUUGGAUGAAUUGGCAGGUGCAACGAUCUUUACUAUAUUGGAUUUGAAGUCCGGGUACCAUCAGAUCAGAGUCAGAGAGGAAGACAUAGCGAAGAUUGCUUUUCGAACUCAUGAGGGGCACUAUGAGUUCCUGGUGAUGCCUUUCAGAUUGACAAACGCCCCCUCCACUUUCCAGGCCUUAAUGAACACCAUCUUCAAGCCAAUUUUAAGGAAGUUUGUCCUGGUUUUCUUUGACGAUAUACUUAUUUACAGUCCAGAUUCGCACUCCCAUUUGGAACAUAUUCGACAAGUGUUUCAGAUUCUUAAGGCAAAUGAGUUAAUAGUCAACCGCAAGAAGUGUUUGUUCGCACAGCAGAAACUUGAAUACUUAGGCCACCUGAUUUCAGCCAAAUGGGUGGAAGAUGAUCUACAAAAGAUUGCCUCGAUGUUGUCUUGGCUAGCUCCCCACACCAUAAAAGGGUUGAGGGGAUUCUUGGGGCUCACGGGCUACUACCGUUGUUUUGUCAAAGGAUAUGGUCUGAUCGCACAACCGUUAACACAACUCCUUCGGAAAGACUCUUUUACAUGGGAUGAGUCAGCUCAAAAGGCCUUUGAAUCCCUCAAAACAACAAUGACAACAGUACCGGUGCUAGCCAUGCCUGACUUUGAUUUACCCUUUGAAAAAUCGGUGUAUGAAUGGGAACUCAUGGCUAUAGUGUUCGCUGUCCAUAAAUGGAGUCACUACCUCAUUGGGCGCAAGUUCAUUAUUCGGACGGAUCAACGUAGCCUUAAGUUCUUGACUGACCAGGGAUUAAAGACUCCCGAACAGCAGAAGUGGAUUUCGAAGCUUAUGGAGUUUUCUUUUGAAAUUCACUACCAACCAGGAUCCUCCUACCAAGUAACAGAUGCACUAUCUCGUCGAGAGGAGUUCUCCAAGUUCAUUCCGAAGCUACUUAAGGAGUUUCAUGACAGCCCAAGUGGCGGGCAUUCGGGUUUCUUUCGUACAUAUAAAAGAGUGGCCAGCCUUGUGUUUUGGGAAGGGAUCAAGAGGGUUGUUCAAGAAUUUGUGAAAAGAUGCACUGUUUGCCAACUCAAUAAACACUCAGCCCUUAAACCAGCAGGCCUUCUCCAGCCCCUACCCAUUCCAACUCAGGUAUUUGAGGAUAUUAGCAUGCAUUUCAUUGGAGGUCUACCUAAGUCGUGGGGGCAUGAUACUGUUCUCAUCGUAGUCGAUAGACUCACCAAAUAUAGCCACUUCAUCCAUCUUUGCCAUCCCUAUAAUGCUAAAGAGGUGGCUACUAUUUUUUCAUCAGAAAUUGUAAGGCUCCAUGGUUUUCCGAAAUCUAUUGUGUCCGACAGAGACAGGAUUUUCAUUAGCCAAUUUUGGCAAGAACUCUUCAAGGCAUCGGGUACUAUGCUGAAAUUCAGUUCCGCCUACCACCCACAAACAGAUGGCCAAACAGAGGUAGUGAAUAGAUGUGUGGAGGCCUACUUGCGGUGUUUUUGUAGCGCUAAACCCAAGCACUGGUCACGUUGGCUUUCUUGGGCAGAAUUUUGGUACAAUACAACGUACCACGGUUCCACAAGGAUGACCCCGUUUAAGGCUCUCUACGGUAAGGAUCCUCCUACUCUACUCAAGUUCACAGAUUGCCCAUCAGUAGUAGAGGAAGUGAAUCAACAGAUGCUCAAACGUAACACCAUCUUGGCGGAAUUUAAACAUAAUUUAUCCGUCGCUCAAGGGCAUAUGAAAGAGAGUGCAGAUGUACAUUGCCGAGAUGUGACUUUCCAGCCUGGGGAUCAUGUGUUUUUGAAGCUCCAGCCUUAUAGGUUUAAAUCCUUAGCCACAAAACAUAAUGAGAAACUAAGUCCCCGUUUUUAUGGCCCUUUUCCCAUUGUAGAAUGCAUUGGACAGGUUGCAUAUAGGUUGGCUUUGCCUUCUACUACUCGCAUUCACACGGUUUUCCAUGUGUCUCAGCUCAAGGGUAGCCUGCACAACUCUGUUCCCAUCGAGCCCCUUCCCCAUGGCUUAACCGAAGACUUGGAACUCACUGUCCAGCCCGAAUCUGUUUUAGCAGUCCGCUCUUUAAUGGAUGGUACCAAAGAAGUGCUUAUAAGGUGGCAGACCCUGCCCCUAUUUGACGCUACUUGGGAAGCCUAUGACCUCAUCAACCUCCAGUUUCCUCACUUCCACCUUGAGGACAAGCCUUAUUCUCCUAAUAAUACGUGGAAUUCGUCUGCUUCUAAUAAUGAUUAUACUAUUGCUACUGCUUGUGUAUCCCUCUCACAGCUUCAUGGUAAUAAGCUUGGUGAUUUGUGGCAUCAAAGAUUGGGCCAUCCUCAUUUGGCUGUCCUUCAUAAAGUUGUAUCUCAGUUUAAUAAACCAGUUACUGUAUCUACUUCAUUUUGUGCCUCUUGUCGUUUUGGUAAACAAUGUCAAACUAAUUUUCCAAGCUCAAUUCGCAAGAGUUUGCAACCUUUAGAACUUGUAAAUUUGGAUGUUUGGGGACCAGCCCCUAUUGCUUCUAUUGAAGGAUAUAAAUACUAUGUUCAUUUUGUGGAUGAUUAUAGUAAUUUUACUUGGAUCUAUCCUCUAAAGGCUAAGUCUGAGACAAAAUUGGCUUUUAUGGAAUUCCAUGUCAUGGCUGAACGUCAAUUCGGUACAUCCUUGAAGUGUUUGCAAACAAAUUCUGGUGGCGAGUUUCAAGCUCUUUUCCCUUACUUAAAACAACAUGGCAUCCUUUUUCGGUUGUCCUGUUCAUAUAUGCAUCAACAGAACGGCAAGGUAGAGCGAAAGCAUCGGCACCUGGUUGAAAUUGGCUUGACUUUGCUGGCUCAAGCUUUUAUGCCACUCAAAUACUGGUGGAAUGCUUUUCAGACUUUAGUUUUCUUGAUCAACCGUCUGCCUACUAUUACUCUAAAUCACAUGUCUCCUUUUGAAGUUCUGUUUCAUCAAAAACCAAACUACUCUUUUUUGAAAGUAUUUAGACUUUCUGCCAUAAUAACAAGAUCACAAAUAGCUCGCUGUCCCUCUUCUGCGGCAGCCUUAUUUGCUGCCACUUGUAUCAAUCCUCAUGAGCCAUCUUCAGUUGCUGAAGCUCUUGCUUCUCCUCAUUGGUUUGCUGCUAUGACAACUAAAUUUGACGCACUUCAGAGUAAUCAGACUUGGAUUUUAGUUCCACGUUCUCCUGAUAUGCAUAUUGUUUCAAAUAAAUGGGUAUUCAAAAUUAAAUACAAUGCCGAUGGCUCAGUUCAAAGGUGUAAGACUCGUCUUGUUGCAAAAGGAUUUCAACAGCAACCUGGUCUUGAUUUUGCUGAAACUUUCAGCCCUAUUGUGAAACCUGUUACUGUGUGUGAUUCUCAUCUUGGCUAUCACUCAUCACUAGGAUAUUCAGCAACUUGA